AUGGCUUGGAGGGUUAUGAUAACGCAAGCGACAAGGCAUCAAUCAGAACUUGCAAAGCUCAAACCUUUGUUUCAUAAAAGAGGAAACAGGCUUCUCUCCUCCCAGGAGAGAUUCCAAUCAAGCUUUCUUGGUAAUCUGUCUCGUCGACUACUUGGAGGACUACAUGAUGAAACCAGUCAACAAAAUAAUCCUGAAGCUGUCAUCAGAGAAUUUGAAAGUCAGUCAUCUCUACAUGCUAAUCCUGAAGCGCUUUCUCAGUAUGUUAAAGCAUUGGUCAAACUUGAUAGGUUGGAUCAAAGUCAAUUUUUACUCAACACUUUGCAAAGAGGACUUGGUAUGAAUGAAGAAGUGAAGCCCAUUGUAGAGUCAAAUAUUACAUUCAAGGACGUAAUAGGUGCUUAUUAUCCAAAGAAAGAACUAAAAGAAAUUGUUGAGUACCUUCGAGAUCCUGAGUGCUGUGCUCGUCUAGGUAAGAUGAUCCCAAAAGGUUAUUUGCUUGCUGGCCCGACUGGCACAGGUAAAACGAUGUUGGCAAGAGCCGUUGCUGGAGAGGCUGGGGUUCCUUUCUUCUCAUGCAAUGGACGUGAAUUUGAAACAUAUUUUGGUGAUGGCGCACAAAGGAUGAGGGAUGAUAGAACUCAGUCUGUUAGCAACAAUAAUAAUGACUCAUCAUUAGUGCAAUCAUCAGUGGGCCCUAGAGUUUGGAAGGUAUAUUCUAGAAGAGGGAAGAUGCCAAAAGUUAGUUAG